CCAACAACCAGGCGGCUCUCUGGUGUGUGUAAUCUCGUGUGCGUGUCACGCUCGAAUAAGUUUGCCUUUUUUUCGUACAGAAACCGUGUCUUUCUCUCUCUCUUAUUCCCCGUUUUCUUUCGUUGCGCCGUGCAAUGGAGGAUCGUCUGCGGUUGAGAAAGUACGUGCUGGUUUGGCUGCUGAUAGUGCUACACUCCUGUUACUUUGCCUCCUGCGGCAAUGCAGCGGACCGGGCGGUGGACCCGAAGAAAAGCCGCGUCUGGGGACCGGGUGUAGAGAUGCCGGACCGUGCCACACUCCCGGCGCGCUACUUUUUCAUCGAACCAAGAGACGCGGACAAUCAAAAAAUAAAUGAAUCUCAAAAGUAUGACAUACACAUCAUUGGACAAUCCCGGUUCGGCUCGUGCCGGUAUCGGUUGAAUCAGAUCGAUCGCCAUGAUGGGUCGAGCAUCGUUCGCUACCGGCUGGCCGAAUCGUGCAGUGACGUCACGAUACACGUGCGCCACAACGAAGCCCAUCUGACCGGGUCUCCGUUCGCCAUCCCCGGCACACUGUACUCCGAGCAGUGCUACUGUCCGCAAGGUUCCGUGGAAGAGUGGCUUGAAACGGUCGGCUGCCCGGCAGGCGAUCCACAGAUCGAUAUGGACCUGAUUCCGUUUCGGGCCAUCAACUUUUCCAGCCUGCGCACCCGGAUGAUCCAACAGUACGACAAACCGGGCAGCAUUUCGCACUGCAACUACGUGAUUCUGCGCAACCAAGUGCACCGGCGUUGCUACGGGCAACACACCGGCUUCAGCAAGUUUAUGGACACGAUCUUGCUGUCAUUGGCGCGCAAAUUUACCCUGCCCGAUAUGGAAAUGUUUGUCAAUCUCGGUGAUUGGCCGCUGGUGAAGAAGGGUGGCCCAAGUCGCACGACCGGGCCGUAUCCGAUCUUUUCCUGGUGCGGAAGUGACGAUACGUUCGACAUUGUUAUGCCGACGUACGACAUUACCGAAUCGACGCUCGAGAAUAUGGGCCGCGUAAUGCUCGACAUGCUGUCCGUCCAGCGGCGGGGACUGCCGUGGGCUGACAAACACGCGAAAGCUUUCUGGCGCGGUCGGGAUGCGCGACGGGAGCGGUUGGAGUUGGUAGCGCUGUCUCGCCGCUACCCGGAGCUGCUGAAUGCGUCGCUUACCAACUUUUUCUUCUUCCGCGACGAGGAGAGCGAGUUUGGACCGCGUGUUGCUCACAUUUCCAUGCACGAAUUCUUCGACUACCGCUAUCAGGUGAAUGUGGACGGUACGGUGGCGGCGUACCGGUUGCCGUACCUGCUGGCCGGCAGCUCGGUGGUGCUGAAACAGGACUCGUUCUACUAUGAACACUUCUACCGCAAGCUGGUUCCGAUGCGCCACUACAUCCCGUUCGAGGCGGACCUGUCGAAUCUGGUGCAGCAGAUCGAGUGGGCACGGGAAAACGAUGAAAAGGCGCGUGAAAUCCGAGACAAUGCGAACGCAUUCAUUAACGCUAAUCUGCUACCGCUAGAUAUCUACUGCUACCAUGCGUUGCUGUUCAAGGAAUAUGCCAAAUACAUUGUCAGCCCGAUACAGGUACAACCGGGCAUGGAAAAGAUUGAGCAGCCCGAGGAAGCCUACCACUGUCCGUGCGAGAGGACGACACUGCCGAGGGAUGAGCUGUAAAGGCAAUCGGCAGGCAACCAACCACAGCACAGUUACCGCACGUGUGACGCACGAGAGAGCGAGCGAUGGAUUAAUUACUCGUCCUAAGGCGGAUAAACCGCAACCGUGUUACAAAUCGACAACCAUUCUAUGACGCAACCAGCGAGCUGUGAUCGUUACGUUAUCAUUUUCUGUAGGGCAUUUUUGUUUCUUCCUGUCUUACUCUACGUCCUUGUAUCUCUUGCGGUGAAUAGGUGAAAAGGAGCAAACUAGACUCAAUAGACGAUAAUCGGCAAGCAAGUAUCUAUCAACUCUGUCUACCGUUCUGGGCUGGUCUCGAUAGUGUAAUUGAAAAGGGAUUCAAAUUUCAAUCGGACUAGACGAUCAGUUUGAGAAGCAAGCAGAAGAAGAUGAUCUACAGUUAACUAUCUAUAGAGGAACUAAGUCCACUGCUAGGAGUGGGCAAAGUAUUAUAUUAGAAAAGUGUGUGUGUGUGUAGAUGUUGUAGUUGGACUAUUUAGUUUCACACGAAAUCGAUAAAACAGUAUUGCUAGUCUGAAGGGUGAGAAAAGAUUUUCAUGAAAAUCAAUUAUGCAGGUGGAAAAUUCGAUCCCUAUCCUGUAAACACCGCCUGUCGCGCGCAUGCUAAUCAACAAGUAUCCUGUUUCUUCAAUAAACUUUAACCUUUUCAAAGUAAAUUA